GUUCACUGGCCCUAUGCGAAGAGUGAGGAAGACUCAGUCGAUUGGAUGAAAGUUGUGGAAGAGCUACAAGCCACGGUAUUUUCUCGUAUUCCGAUCACAAUGUCUCAAUGCGAACUCGGAGGACUAGGGUGACGCAAUGCGGCGACAAGUGAUGAGGAAGAGUGCGGCUGAAAGUCGGGAGCGGGGUCUGCAGAAAAGCACCGGGUGAGCCGAUAAGGCAACUUCAGCUUCAACCUGACCUGGAGAGAGUAUUAGGCCAACAAUCGAGCAGAUAUCUGCAGUUUGUGCCCGUUUCCGACCCUAUCCCAUCACAGACUUCCUUGCAAAGCUAAGACUACAGCAUGGCUCCACACGCUGAAACGUCUCUGUUCGACACUUCCGGUUACUCCCCCCCUGAGAAUGUCAUCUCAGAGUUAAAGAAAAGCUUACGUCUUUUCAACUCGUCAGCAGGAGCUGUCAAAUGGAUAUCGGAGGGCCCCCAGAUUGUGGACUCUCAUGAUAGAGAGAGUGAUGAACAUGACUUUGUUCUACAACUCUCCCUGGACGAUAUCCAGGAAAUAGAGGACGCAUUCAUAAGCUUCAAAGCUACUACCCUCCCGCUUAACAAACUUCAGGCGGAGAACUUCCCUUUGCCGACUUUGUCAUCCAGGAUUCGGAAGUUGAGCGUCGGCCUCGUGGACCAGCAUCCAUAUUUUAUAAUUCGAGGCCUUAAACCACAGUGGUUCUCGAAGUACAAGAACGUUGUUAUAUUCACUGGAAUCGCAUCCCAUGUGGGUACGAAAAGAGCACUUGCGCCUGGUGAUCCAAAUGUGUUGCAUCACGUUACCAACAUUCCGAUUAGCAGCGAGAAGGAAUGCACAACAUAUAGAGGUCCCGCAAAUAGGACUAUAGCCUUGCCUUUUCAUACCGACUAUGGAUCGAUCCUUUCAUUAUACGUUCUAUCUAGACCAGCGAGUGGGGGAGCUUUCCAUCUAGCAGACAUUCAUGAUAUCACUUCCCGAAUCGCCCGUACUCGGCCAGACAUUCUCGAGACGCUCCGGAAGCCGUAUAUUAUGGUUAACCCUAAAAUAGAAGGUGGCUUCGAUGAGCGCCCUCUUCUCUUCACCCAAGCGUCCGGACGUCUCGCCAUACAAGCUUCCCGCUCGCGCAUUUUCGGCACUGCCACACGUCUGAGACCGAACUACCUUCCUUCUCUGACCGCUAAGCAGAUUGAGGCUGUCGAUGCGCUCCAUGCCGCUGGCCAAGAGGUGUCUCGUCGCUUUGAUUUUAAAAGCGGCGACAUGAUGUUUUGCAACAAUCUCAGACUAAUGCACGCACGUGAUUCAUUUUUAGAUGGUAACGAAGAUGAGAAUACGACGAAGCGGUAUCUUCUACGGUUGAUAUUGCACGAUGAACGGAACGACUCAAGAUGGGACGUCCCAGACAAGUUGAAGAAUACGUGGAAGGAAUUGUAUGACCACGAGGACGAAGAGGAGAUUUUCACCAUACAUCCAGAACUAUUCUCGUUCAAAGCAGGCCAUUGAAAAGAAUCUGUCCCGCACCAGAAAGAUUCCGAUCUAUAUUCUGCUUCGAACUAGC